AUGCUACUAUCUCUAAGUAUAAAUAAUCAACACGGGUCACUGAUCUACCACAAGAACAUUUCCGAGAAAUCUAGAUUGACGAGCAACGAGGAGAUACGCAUAGCAUCGACUUUUCAUGGAUUAAGUACGAUUGCUAAAAGGCUCUGCAUUGUUUCGGAUGAAAAACACAAAGCUACUUUGGACCAACAAUCGGGAAUAACUCAAAUUGAGGGCAAUCACUUUUCUCUCUAUUGCCUAGAGACGCUAACCGGGUUGUCUAUAUUCUUGGUCACUUUGCCAUCCGCAUUUCCUUCUGGAAUAAUUGAUAAUAUUUUAUCUUCGGUGUACCAGGGCUACGCUGAUUAUGUGCAAAAGAACCCUUUUCAUGAGCCUGAUAUGCCUAUCCGUCUAGAUCUCUUCGAUAAAUUUAUCCAGGGAAUUAUUCAAAGGUACACAUAUUGA